AUUAUUUUAUGUCCACAGUGUUCAAUAUAAAGGCUUCAACUUUCCAGAGUUGGGAUUAAUUGGCAGGACGUCAUUCGCUAACUUCAUAAAAUGCAAUGACUGUGAUCAAACUUAUUGACCUUAGUAUUGAAACUCCUACAUUGACGAAGACUUGUUGCCGAGUGUCAAACAGUGUCAUAUAUAACAUCACUGACUAGAUUCGCUUUUUAUAGAAAUAUGUUGUAUAUAAUCUUCGAUCCAUAUAUUGAAGUAAUUAUUAAAAAUAAUUUUCUGACUCAAGAGAAUUCUUCGGUGUUCCUAGUCUCACAGCCUUUGAAAUAUUUACUACUACAUUAGACAAAUAUUCUAUGUGGAUUGUAAUCAUGACUAAAUCAAUGGGUGCAAUCUUCUUUGUCUUGGAAAUUACUCUUUGUCAUCAACUCGAUGACGCUAGGGUUAUGUGAAGCGGAUUGUAGGAAAGUUGGGAACCGAGAAUCAGUCUUUCCGAGUUACAAGCAGGCUUACACAAAGACGUUUACCGGUCAUUGUCGGAUGAGAAGUCAGGGUGGAGUUGCCUCGGCUGCAAUAUCGUACGAUGGUGAACAACAACAUCCUUAUCCAGCUACAAGGUUGGAGUUCAUGACGAAGACGCAUCAAUCUGGAUCUCCACAGUGCUUUUAACCCCAUCAUCCUGGCAAGAUUAAGAUCCAGGACUCAGGAGGAGGAGGAGCGGGGUGCAGUACAAACCCCUAAUCCAAUCAAUCAAUCAAUCCGCCGGAGCACCAAUUCUAUCGCGGUAAGAUAAUCCUCUCGAUUUGACCAGACGUGAAGGAAGAACAGGCCAGAGGCAAGAGGGCGUGCCAGAUCCUUCACCCUUUUGCACUCCUCCCUCUCUUGGGCCUCG